UAGAAAAAUAUAAAUGACUUAUGCUAAUUACAAUAUGUUUCUAAUUAGUAUUUAAAUAUCAAUCACAAUAACACAUCCGUAUGUAUUUUGAACGUUUUGCUAACACAAUCUUCCGUGCACUAUAAGGUUAUAUGAAUGAUAUAACGGCCAAUUAAAAUAUCUAAAGAUUUAAAUAAAGUAGAAUAUUCAAAAUAUAUGAAUGGUAUUUUAUAAGAUGUGGUUAUUUCAAGUCAGUUCGAGUAUAAAUCCUUGAAGGAAAGAUUAUUAAAAUAUGAAUUCACAAAGGAAUCGUGACUUUAAAUUAGCAUUAAAUUUACACGACGAACCUAAUAUUGUUGGUGUUACAGAAAAUGCAAUUAUUCCAGAUGACCAAAAAAACAAAUCUUACAAACCAAAAACGUUAGUGGAUGAAACGUUAGAAAUAAUAGAUCCAACUCCUAAUAUUUAUACAUUAUUUAUGCAAUUUAAUACACGUUUCUUCUGGAAUGUUCUAUUACCUGUUGAGGUCAAAUGGAGUAACAGGAUGACAAGCUGUGCAGGAAUAUGUUCUUAUCAUUCGAGAAAUAAACAAUGUAUCAUUUCUCUCAGUGUUCCACUGCUAAAGCUCAGACCACGUAAAGACCUUGUUGAGACAUUACUGCAUGAAAUGAUUCAUGGUUAUUUGUUCUUGACAAAUAAUAAUCGUGAUAGAGAUGGGCAUGGACCAGAGUUUUGCAAACAUAUGCAUCGAAUUAAUAAAGAAGCUGGAACGAACAUAACAAUAUAUCAUACUUUUCACGACGAAGUUAAAUUGUAUCAACAACAUUGGUGGAGAUGCGAUGGACCUUGCCAUAAAAAGGCUCCAUAUUUUGGAACUGUACGUAGAGCGAUGAAUCGUGCACCAGGUCCAUCAGAUUUUUGGUGGAGAGAUCAUCAACAAAGUUGUGGUGGGAAGUUUAUAAAAAUCAAAGAACCGGAAAAUUUUAAAACUAAGAAUACAAUGAAUAAUCCAAAAUUGAAAGCUAUAACAAAAAAUACUCAGAAAGAAAAUAGUAUAACUGAUUGGUUAAUAAACAAUGAUAAUUCAUCUAAACAACAUAAAUCUAACAAUAUAUCUACAUCACAAAUUACACCUAUAUCAAAAAUAUUUAAAUCAGGAAAUAAUAAGAAUAAAAAUAUGCCUAAAAGCGUCGGUAGUCCUCUUAACGCAAAAAUAAAUAAUAAAUUAUUAGAUGACACUCCAAAGAAACUUGGUAAUAAUAUGAAUAAUAUUCAUGGCUGGGAUGUAGGAGGACCGAAAAAUUCAUCUACUUCUAAAGUAGUUAAAGAAAAUCCUAUACCUAAAUCUUCUGAUCCAAGGCAACUAGGAGGCAUACUAAAGAAACUUGGUAAUAAUACAAAUAAUAUUCAUGGAUGGGGUGUAGGAGGGCCGAACAGUUCGUCGGUUCCUAAAGUAGUUAAUAAAAAUUAUACGCCUAAAUUUUCUUGUUCGGGACAAAUAGGUGGCUCUAAUACUGGCAAAAGUAAUUUAUUAAAUAAAUUUUUUAUAAAAAAUAAUAAUGAGCAGCAAAUAUUAUCAUCAAAAAAUACUUCAUCGUAUGGUAGUACAAAUACUCCAUCGUAUGGUAGUACAAAUAAUACAGUUUUAAAAUCUGUUCAAGAAAACACAAGUAAAAAUCAAAAUAAUACUUUAAAUCAGAAUGCAAAUGACUCUGUUAAUUGUCCUGUAUGUAAUGUUACUGUUUCUGUUAAUAUUAUUAACGAUCAUGUAGACUCGUGUUUGGAAAAUGAAGAUAAACAAAAAUCAUAUAAUAUAAAAGAUACUCCACCGUAUUCUGAUGUUAAUAGUCAGAUGGAUACUUCCCCAAUUAAAGAUACCAUAUUUACUACUCCUAAACGAAGUAAUGUAAUGCGUAAAUCAUCAACGAAACGACAAAAAGUUGAAAAUUCUCAUGAAUCUGAAUCCACAGAUUGUCCAAUAUGUCAUAAGAGAUUUAAGACUACAGAUAUUUAUAAUCAUUUUGACGUAUGUUUCCCAGAGCAAUGUUCGUCAAAUUCAUCGGAUAAUAUAAUAGUUAUUGAUAGUUCUUCAGAUUGUGAAUCACCUAAUAGUAUAUUUAUUGAUGAUAGUCCUGAUAUAAAACUAAACAAAAAACCUAAUAUCAUGCAUGAAAAUCACAAAUGUUUAAUUUGCAACACAAUUAUUCCAUCUACCAUGUCAUUGAAUGAUCAUUUAGAAGAAUGUAUCGGUACAAUGUUUAAUGAUGAAUCUAUAUCAUUCUCUGAUAAUGAUAAUGACAAUAGCAAUUCUGAAGAUGCUCGUGCAACAGAUCGAAGUUAUCCUUGUCCUGUCUGCAUGGAAUUAUUUACAGAAAAUAUUAUGAACGAGCAUUUGGAUACAUGCCUUAAAAAAUAUUAGUUGUGAUGUAAUAGAUAUAUAUAUCGAAUUAUCAAUGAAAAUAUGAAAAAUGUUAUAUUGCAUAAUGAUGAUGUAAUAUUAGCAAACUUUCAUUUAAAUUUAAUCUUAAGAAUAUACUUAAUAUAAUUGAAUAAUAUAAGAUGAUUGUGCCACAUCCUGCUAUGUGUACUUUAAUAUUAAACAUACAUCAUAAUAUUUACAUUAGAAUACUAAUUGUAAGAGAAAUUUAUAACAUUCUUGUAUUUAUAUAAUAUCAAAUAUUACCUUCUAUAUAAAUAAAAUAAAAUAAUAUAUUACACUUUAUAAUUCUUCAUAUAUAUGACUUGUAACAAG